AUGCGAGCCUACGAGUUCUACCUGGACGCCAUUGGCUCGGAAACGAAUCCUGAAGCAAAGGCGUGCGAAACAACAACAACAACAACAGCCAAACCGGAAAGCGGAGAAUCUCUCCGUUCCAAGCUAGCUAAACUGGCCAACAAACUCUCCAUAGCCAACGCCGUUGCCCUUCACGAGGAGACGCCCCUCUUGCAGCCGUUUUCCGAUGUAAUUACAAAGCAGUUCAACUCCGCCCUCUUCAAGGUCAACUUCAAGCAUCGAGGCGAAGAAGCAGUUGAAACAAUAAACAGUUGGGUGAACAACCGAACCGAGGGGCAGAUUCCGAAGCUGUUUGAAGAACAAGAGGAGGAGAAGACCCAGCUGAACACACUGGUCCGCAUGGUCCUCCUGAACGCCGUCUACUUUCGAGGCUACUGGCAGAGUCCUUUCAGCCUGGAGAGCACCAAGACGGCCACCUUCACCUUGGCUGAUGGAACCUCCCAGGUGAACGUCAGCAUGAUGAACGGCCGAGCAUCAGUGGCCUUCGCCGACUUUGACGAUGGAACGCUGGUGGAGCUGCCCUACAACAGGGAACAAUUCAGUGCCUAUCUUUUCCUGCCAAAGGAGAAUCAACCUCAACUGCUCAGUUCAGCCUUUACCUUGCCCUCAAUGAAUUUAGAGGCGAGAAUCGGAAAACUGGCAAAGGAAAAGAGGAGGAAAAUUCGCCUUGCACUCCCAAAAUUCAAGCUGACCACUUCGCUGAAACUAAAGGCCACCCUAGAGGCGCUGGGCAUUGAGCAGGCGUUCCGCGAGAAUGAGGCCAACUUUACCCGGUUGACCGGUGUCACUUCCGGAAAAUUAGCUUUGUACAAAGUAGUUUGUUUGUACAGUACCAUUGUACAGUACGGCCAUAAAGCCGCCGCCCAGCCCCAACGACUCGGGAAUGGUGACGCCCAUGCAGAGAAGCGUGGCAAUGGCCGCGUCGACGGCAUUGCCGCCUAG